AUGGGGAUAAAAGAUUGGUUCCCCCAUGGGGAAAAUCAGAAUCAUGACGGGUGGAGAUUGGAUAUCGUUUCUCUUUUGGCGGUCAUCGGCGAGAGUUCGAUGGAAUCACACUCGCAAGCUCUCACAUCCUCGUGGACCUGCAUACUGCCUCGAAUCAUCCCCGCUCCCCAAGCUCUACUGAAGCCAUCCCGCCCUACUCGAAUGCCACAGGUUAAUGCUGCUGUUGUCGGGGUACAUAAUGGAACACUUGUUCAAACACUCAACUACUUCCCCAACAUUCUACAUCCAAUCGAGGACUUCCCAGCAUUCGCCUUCAAAGUCCUCAGGAUCACCCACGCACCUAAUGAACUUUUACCACCGACCCCGGCUGCAGGUUUAGACAAGGCGAAAGAGUCGUCCACUUCCAACGGCGUAGACCUGGGAAUGAUAGAGAGUGGGAAUACACCUCCUCUUCCCAGACAAUCAACUAUCAGCACAAUCAGGGACAGGCUCUCCAUAGACAAAAAGAAGCCCCGUGUGCCACCUCAAUCACUCUCACCCCUCAAUAUAUUAUCGGUAUUGUCAUUUCUCUGGACAAUUGGUCUCAUCAUAUGGGCAAGAUUUCUGAACGACGGUACGGCCAUCGUUGCUCUUGCGACAAUCUCUUGUGCAUCGUCAAUUGUUGGUUAUGCCUCGUGGUGGUCGCCGGUUCUGAUGAAACGAACUUUUAAAUCAAAAGUCCCUGCAGGGGAUGUCAUUAUCCGAAAUCGGGAGGGCGCCUUUCUACUCGUCAAAUGCAACGAAGAUGUGACGCGAGAGUUAUACAUUGGAACAGAAGAAUGUCAAUAUUAUGUGGGGACGCAGUUGUACCGGAUUCUUGUCGGAAUUGGAACAUUCCUGCUCAUGGUAUCAGUCGUUCUGUUAGGAAAUUGCAACUUUGCCAUGCAAGCUGCCAUUGGUGCAUCCUACAUUGUUCUCAACGGGGCUUUCUGGGGAUCUUCUCUGAUCAACAAACACAGUUUCUGGGAUCUCUCGAACUACAAAGUCGAGGAUGUUACACCGAAAGACGCUGCAGAUGCCCAUCUCGAGCAAGAGGAUACUGUUGAAGGUAGGCCGAGCUUUACACGGACGCUAUGGUACGCUAUCAGGGAGACCAAGAAGAUUGGAUGGGUAAAGAGAGGUGGUGCAGCACCUAACACGGACGAAUGGGACGAAUGGCUCAAGCUUGCUGAGCAAAAUGCUACUGAUGGAAAUAACGGCUGGAAUGCAGUGGAAAUACGAGAGACUGUCGUUGGCGUGGCAGAAUCAACGCCUCGGCGUGCAGCUGAGGAUGCCGCCCCUCAACAUGUGCCGGCUUAUGAGAUCCCCCCUCCAGACAAGCGAUAA